UGGUCACUGCCGUGAUCCAGCACAAAUCAUAUCCUCCCUUGUAAAAAGGUGGUUUUCAUGAUCAUGCUCUGCCUCUGACAUAUUUUAAGAUAUGUCAGUACAAGCAUAUCAGUCUACACAUAAUGUGUUAAAUACUUCAUUUUUAAACUACACAAAGAUAUGUGUAAAAAAAGUAAAUUUUUCUACACACUUUUAGUUAAUAUUGACACGAAAUGCGUGAAUUAGAGUGUUGCACAUCAUUUGUGCCUUUACUUAUAACUUAGCCACAAUCAGUAGUUUAAAAAAAAAUAUUACAUGUUCAGAUAUUCAUACAAUAACAUAUUUUGGGUACAAUGAAAGUUUUGAGGAAAUGAUCAAAAAUGCCAGCUCUAAUUAUUUGCAGUGGAAAGUUUGGAAAGCACUAGAUGCAGAAUUAUGCUAAAUUUAUUUAUGUUUUACAUAUAGGCUAUAAAUUAAUGUUUCCAGUGAAAUCAAACCUCAGAGGACUUUGCAGCACUUAUGCCACAACAGGCCUCCUGAGUCAUGUUAGAUACAAUAAAAACACUAGCACACACUGGUGACUCCACAGUCCCACUAAAUCAGAACACAAAUAGAGCUCAUUACCUGAAGAUGCAAUGAUGGUCAUUUCAGAGUAUAUAACAGAGGGUCAAUGAAAGUAUUUCUUGUGAAAGGAAAAUGGAGAAUGGAACAUACUUUUACUUCAUGUUGUUUGAAAAUCUUGGGAGCAUAAAAUAUGCUUUUUUCACUUUGGGGUUUAUUUUUUACUGUGCUGUCAUUUACUUUAAUGUCAUUAUUAUUCUUGUAAUAUUUCUGGAAAAGACAUUGCACCAGCCCAUGUACAUUCUGAUUUCAUGCUUGUCCAUCAACUCUGUAUAUGGUACAGCUGGCUUUUUCCCAAGGUUACUGACAGACCUGCUCUAUGAUACACACAGAAUCUCCUAUGAAGCAUGUCUCAUACAGAGUUUUGUCAUUUACUCAUAUGCAUCUUUUGAGCUUACAAUAUUAAUGCUAAUGGCAUUUGAUAGGUUUGUUGCAAUCAGCAAACCUUUGCAUUACAACAACAUAAUUACCACACGGUUACUAACUUUUUUAAUAGUUAUAGCAUGGCUUUAUCCAAUCACUUUUGUUGGUAUUGGUGGUCUUUUCACUGCCAGGCUUAAAAUCUGUGGUAACAAAUUGUUAAGGGUGUACUGCCACAACUAUGAAAUUGUCAAACUCUCAUGUGUAAACGAUACUGUAAAUAAUAAUAUUUAUGGCCUGAUUGUAAUGAUCACAACCAUUUUUAUCCCUUUGAGUUUUAUAAUAUAUACCUAUGUCAGAAUUAUUAUCAUUUGUCAAAGAAGCACACGAGAGUUCAGGAGCAAAGCAUAUCAAACUUGUAUUCCACACAUAGUGAUCCUUUUAAAUUUCUCAGUUGCUGUUUUUUGUGAGCUCACUUUGAGUCGAUUUGUGAAUGGGGAACUUCCUAUAGCACUGACUGUUGUCAUUUCACUUGAAUUUAUUGUUGUACCACCCAUUGUAAACCCUAUUGUUUAUGGUCUAAACUUUCCUGAUAUCCGCAAAAAAAUUAGACAUCUUAUAAAAGCCUCCAAAUAGCCUGUAAA